AUGAAAUUGAUUAAUGUUAAUGCUACCAUAACGGGAAUUGAAGUCACGUAUUCUGAUGGUUCACAGUCGCGCUGGCCAACGGAAAUUACGCCGCGACAAGAUGGGCAUGGUAAUAUUAGUUAUUAUCGACCCAUAAUAGAAUCAUCAGAGAAAAAAUUGCAAUUAUAUUUAACAAAACUUGGAGAGGCUUUAGCUAAAGUAUUGUGCAAGAAUUCUGACGUAGACAUUAGUAAUA